CAGUGCAGAGCAAACAUAAACAUGAAGGCUUGUUAUCACUACAUGGCAAACAGCACCAUGUAAGAGCCGCAUCAACACCAUUUAGUCGUUCAAUGCCUUCGAAGGGUGCGUAUGUUCUGCUGUUUAUCGCGCAAGAACCGUUCCCUCGCAUUCCAUCAGUCAUUCACUCGAAGGCUGUUUUCGCUGAAUUGCUCUACACCCUCGCAUGUGCCAGGUAGAGGGAAAAAAAUGCAUUGAAUUGUGGUGCAUUGCACGUGUGUGGAAUUUGUUGUGCUUGUAGUCUAAUCGACGUAAGGAAAAGUCUACCGUCGAUCUACCAUAAUUGCAUACGCUCGACUGGUUCAUUAAGUUUAGAGGACAAAUCAAGUGUGAACUUUGGAUGACACAUCAACGCAAAAUAUGAGCUAUCAACAGUGGGAAACGAUACUUCAUUAGUCAAUGAUUACAAACCUGAAUCCAAAGUCCACAGCGAAGCCACCGUCAAGUUCCUUCGGCGCGGAUAAUAGGCGAUAAGCAAGAAAUUGAGCCGACAAAAAAUCGACCCAUUCAAGCCAUAGCUUAUCACGCUCAAUUCAUAUUAGUAGAAGUAGAUUUAUAACAGCAGUAUUAGCCAGAGCAUCCGCAUUGUAGUCACAAUGUCGGACCACAUAAGAGCAUCAUCGAUCGAUAGCACCAAAGGCAAUGGUACGAGUGAGCCGAACAGUGCAAUUCUGCAAACCUCAUCCAGUAGCCAACGUGGACAACUCAAAGAUUCACAGAUGGUGUCCAAUUCGGAUGAUUUAUAUUUGUUUGAUUCAUUAAUUGACCUAUGCAAGAAUAAUGUAAAAUAUUUUGAAAAUGAUGAAACAGAGAGUGGGCUGAGGAUACAUGGAGCAUUCGUGGGCUUGAUUGAUCACAUUGAGACAGCGAAGCCUCUGGUGACUGAAGUUAGUGGAUUCGUGCACGAGUAUGAUUUCGAUAAAGAAACGCCAGGAAAUGGAUUCAGAAGUUUCCUGUACGUGGUCGAUUCUUGUGUUAAGACAACUCUCAAGCUGGCAAGGUAUGUUAUGGAGAACCGAGGCACGAUAUUAUUCAGAAAAGCUAUUUAUGUGAAAGAGGUUGAAGCAUAUAACCAUUUGAUGGCGAGUCUAAACACAUGCCUCAAACAUUGUCAUACGCUGCGUGAAUGGACCACAUCGGGAGAACUAUUUCCCGAAGGGCGAUCGGUUGAAGAACUGCUUGGAAAGGCCGAUACCAUAAAUCAAUUCUGUUUUUAUGGACGAUGCCUUGGCUUCCAAUUCUGUGAGUCGAUGAAACCACUGCUCAAGUUUAUAUCCAUUGGUAUGGCUGGUUUUUCUGAAGGAUACUAUUCCGAAGGGGGCAAAAUCUCCAAAGCAACUAGUUUGAUGUAUACGAGUACCAAAUACAUGUUGGAUCCCGAGCUUCGUGCUCGUCGAAUCGUGAAUAUCUCACAGCACUCAAAUGUUGAUUUUUGCAAAGCAUUUUGGUUUUUAGCCGAAUCGGAACUGAUGCACUCGCUGCCGUCCUUUGUGGGGUUCAAGGUUAAGGUCAGCCGAAUAAUCACCAUCCCACCGGAGCCAAUUCAACUGAAAGCGGAGAAGUCCGAUGAGAUAAUCGACAUUCCAAUUCCUCAGACACACGGUGGGGCCGGCCCCGUCAAAGCGCGGCUUAUCAGUGCAGUGAAGCGCAAAGGCAUGAUUGGUGAGAAAGUCAACACACGAAGCACUAUCCAUCCACCGUCCAAUGGGCUGCUUUUUCACUGCCAUGGAGGAGGAUUCGUUGCUCAAAGUUCGAAGUCUCAUGAAGCAUACUUACGGGAAUGGGCUGUAACGCUGAACAUCCCAAUCCUAUCGAUUGAUUACAGCCUGGCACCGGAGGCGCCCUUCCCGCGAGCCCUAGAAGAGGUGUUUUACGCGUAUUGUUGGGCUCUGAAGAAUUGUGAACUACUUGGAACAACGGGAGAAAAAAUCAUUUUUGCAGGAGACUCCGCUGGUGCCAAUUUAAACUUAGGUUGUGUAAUGCGAUGCAUUGAGAUGGGCGUUAGGCGACCCGACGGCAUAUUUCUGGCAUACUGCCCGGUUUUGAUCGGUUUUGUUCCUAGUCCUGCCCGAAUGCUGUGCCUGAUGGACCCACUUCUGCCAUUUGGAUUCAUGAUGCGCUGCUUGAAAGCUUACGCGUGUCCGAGCAAAGAAGUACUUGAGCAAAAUCGGAGGCGCCACGAGGAAAGACAAGCGAUCGUCAAUGCCGGUCGUAGUUGCGCGGAUAAUGUACCGAAAGCGUUAGAAUUAAGUGGAAGCAUUAAUGACAAAUCCCCCGAAGACAUCAAGUCAGACCACUCUGAAUCUCCUGAAAAUUCUGCCUGGGAUCAGUUGAACAGUUUAAACACUAUGCAGUUGAACAAUCACCAUUUGAGCCCGUUGAGUGACACUGUGAGUGAUACCAUUGCGCUGCAAGGUCAAACCGUUGGGAAUACGAUUGACCUGAUGAGUCCCGACGAGAGCAACACCAUAACAUCGCUGGAAGAGGACUCGCAACCAAUCACGCUGCAGCAGGUCAACUUGAACACCGAGCAGAGCAACGUAACGGUGAUGGACGAUUUGGAUAUGGAUUUGCCAAGCGAUAUAAGUUCGGAGCAGAAUACCAACAAAUAUGUGUCGGACUUUAUUGAAAGGUACGUACUAGACACUACCACAAACGCGGACGGGGAAAUCGAACCCGUUCUGAGACCCAUUUCAAGAUCUGCCUCCGAAGAAAAUGUAGUCUUGGACAUUGGAAGAGAAACCAUCAGCGUGCAAAACCUACAAGACAAAGUGUCCAACGUAGCCACCAACUUGGUGAAUCGAGUAUCGUCAACGUUCAAUGCCAUUACGACUUCGAAACCAAUUGUCACCAGCGGAUCGCAGUCCGAAUUUCAAAGCAACCUGGAGGCGCUGAUCGCACGGAGUCCUUCGGACGAAUUCAUCUUUGAGGUGCCGAAAGAUUCCCACAUGUCGCCAUAUUUUGCUACGAAUGAAGUAUUGAGUCAAUUCCCUCCGACGAAAAUUUUGACGGUGGUAUUGGAUCCUUGUCUGGAUGACUGCGUGAUGUUUGCCAAAAGACUGAAGAAACUGAACAAUUCAGUUUCGCUGGAUAUUUUACCGGGGCUUCCACACGGGUUUCUGAACUUCGCAACAAUAUCCAAAGAAGCGCACGAAGGGUCUAAGCAAUGCAUUCGGCGUAUUGCGGAGAUGCUGGAAGUUGCUGCCCCAACCGACGAUGUUACUAGAAAGACGUGCUGUUAGCAAUUCAGUCGCUGCCUCACCGGAUCAAAGCUAUUGUUUCGCAAAGGUAGUGAUCACAUUGCAAACGUUUAGUAGCAUGUAGCUCCUUCAUCACACAUAAAGUAAUUUUUUUUGACUGCAUAUGAGGCUAUUGUAGAGAGGCUAUUAACGACGAUGCUUGGCCUUUACGAAGAGGCUAUUAUUUUACAUCUCUCGUAAUGUCCUUGCACCGCCAUUUUAUAACGCUAUGAAGGACAUGUGAUUCGCUUACUAAAUUAUUAGAGCAUAUAACAUUGUACCCUAUGAAUCUUCCAUUUGGCUGCACGCGUAUUUUGCUAAAUUGCUAUACAAUCCGUUUUCGAUGGAAAUUCAAUUUCCUGCCCGAAUAAAAAUUGGCCUUCUUUUUGGGUCCAGCAUUGUUUGCCAACAUAUUUCGGAUUUGAUAUUUGAUAUAAUAGUUAUUGGUUGUUAUUCAUAUGAUAAGAAACUCCGACACACGUGUUGAAUAAAGACAAUUAAAAACCGUUAGCUCAACUAAAUAUUCGCAAUAUUACACAGCGAAGCAAUAGAAUUAGAUCGCAAACAAAAUGAAACACAGAGAAAGUCAAUAGUCCGAAAGCAAUUGAUGUGAACGUAAAAACAAUCUACCUAGUUUGUAUUAUCAAACAACAAAUAAUAAAUAGAUAAUCAGGUUAAAUUUAAAAAAAUCAAAAGCAAGACCAAACCACCUUAUUUACAUUGCUCAGUACUUGUAACCAAUAUUAAAACGAAAUUGGAAGAAACUGUUCUUACUUCUUUGUAAUUAUGUAAGAAAGAUGUUACCAAAAUACGUUCUAUUUGGCUCAUUACGCUAAAAAAAUACCAAAGAGAUAAAACGUCUAUUAAAGAUUAUUGAUGAAAAAACUAA